GGCGUCUUUUACGACCUUCUCGUCACCUUCCCUUCCCGCCGUCACCUUUUCGAUUUUCCUUUCUUGUUCACUUUCCUGGAAAAUCACCUUUUGACUAAUAACCCCUUGUCGCUUUCAGUAUCAUCUAUAUAAGUUCUUUGGCAAGUUGGGUUCUUUUCCCUUUAUCCAUCAAAUCCGUUAUCAACCAUCAAAAUCGAAACUUUUCCUGGGAAAACACUGGUUUUGAUCCUCUGAUACGCUGUGUAGACUGAUGGAGAUGCUUGGGGUUAAUAAGAACCCAGCAGCGAUGAUGAAGUGGAGAAACCAGAAGAGAAACGACGACGUCUUGAAGAAGAUGGUGAAGAAGAAGAAGAAAGACAUCAAGGUGACUUACAUAUCGAGUCCCAUGAAGGUGAAGACAAGUGCUUCUAACUUCAGAGCUCUUGUGCAGGAGCUUACCGGGCAAGAUUCCAAUGUUGAAGAGAAGUUUCUGCAGGAUUCUGCAGAUCAUGGUCAUGAUGAUGAUUAUGAGAAUGAUGCCUCCAUGGCUGGAGCUUCAAGUAAUAAUGGCGAUGAACAGUGUUGGAAGGGACAUGAAGAUCAUCAGCAUGAAGUUGAAGAGGAUUUACAUUUGCCCAACCGUGAAGCUCCUUCUUCUUGGUUGGAUCUGUUAUCUGAAGAUUACUGUAAUGGAUUUCAGUAUUCAAGAUCCUUGUUUGAGCCAUUCAACCAACAGCACAUGAAGUUUGAUUUGGUUGAGAUUUGAUUUUGUAAAUCUACUCUUUUUUUUUUUAAUUGUAUUUUUCAUUGGUUGUUUCAGUUUUUCUUGAUCUUUUAGGUAACUUUCUAUAGAUUUAUAAUUUUCUUGUGAAAAGCAAAAUGCUCAUCACAUCUUAAAUGUAGAAUUAUUUUGUAAUGUAAUUUUCAUUACAAAAUGCUUUUACAUUUAGAAA